AUGGCUGCCGCUCAACUAGCUCUUGAUAGGUUGAGUAUAUCAACAAGACCCGCAGAGCCGUUGCUCGCAUCCCAAUUAAUCGGCGACCAAGACCUUGAUGAGCUGCUCGAGAGCGUGUGCAAUGUCAAUCUUCAGCACCAAAAUGGGGUUGGAGGGAACGUACUACAAACCGGAGUCAAGAGCUUAGACGAUGCUUUCGGUGGUGGCAUACAGAGCGGAAGGAUUGUAGGAGUCAGUGGAGAAGCUGGGGCGGGUGGGAGUGAGAUCUGCUGUACCCUGCUUGCGAGCUCCCUUCUUCAAUACGAAAACUCGACGGCUGCUGUUGUUGAUACUACUGGCAACUUCGAUGUACUGCGACUUUACACCAUGAUCGUCGCUCAACUGUCACGACUACCAGAUAUCCAAACGUCCUUACGUACCUCACUAAACCAGGCGCUUGAAAAUCCGACUGAGGAUCUGGCAGCAAAGGUACUCGACCGUGUCAAGAUAAUGCGUGUUUUCGAUUUCGUGGGUGUGAGAGAGGCCAUUGGUGAGAUCCGGGAUGGGAUCGAAAAGAAGAAGGGUGUUGAACGUGCUUCAAAUAACGAAGAGAAGGAAGGGAUCCUGCCCGCUGAGGAGCCUGCGCAGAAGGAGCCGCCUACCGAGAAAGUGCCAUUGAAACGAACUUAUGUCGCGGAUAGCGAAGACGAAGAAGAGGACGAGGAGAUGCUGUUCGAUUCAGACGUUACCGACAUAGUAGCGCAGCCUGUACAGAACCCAGAGCCGAUCCGAAUCGAAGCAUCAGAAGACACAAAUGCAGAGAUUGAACCGGGACCCAUAAAAAUAAUCCUGAUCGACAACCUCGCUCAAGUCCUCAAUCCUUUGUUGAAGAAAGACUAUGUACAAGGUAUCUAUCAUUAA